AUGAAAAAGUAUGAUUUCGCAUCAUAUUUGUAUAUGGGCCAUGAAAAUGGAUGGGUACCGCCGAAUGGGAAUACGAGUGAAUCAGGAAUAUCGACAGUUUCGGUAGGCGGAAGUGAAUUUAGUAAUCCAUCGGUGACCACUGGCCGCGAUAAGUCGAGGAAGAAGCGGGUUCUUAAAUUCCGCCAGUUCAAAUUGGAAAGACAACAAGCGGCGCGGAUGCGAGAAUCAGGAUUGGCCGAAAAAGAAGAGAGACCGGAAGCGACGCAAAUGCGGGAGACGGGGCCGAAGAAAAAAGAGGGAAAACCGGAAGCAGCGCAAAUGCGGAAAACGGGGCCGAAGAAAAAGGAGGGAAAACCGGCAGCAGCGCAAGGGCAGAAGUCCAAAACGACCGGAAAGGAAGAGAUAACUGAUAGCGAUGAUGACAGUCCGGAAUACGUUUGUAGCAGAUGUGUUGCGUCGGGGAUGCGUUGGAGAACAAAGACAAACCGAGUGCCACGCUUUUCCUAG